AUGGGAAUUAUAAGGAGGUUUUUCAAUGCCACCGUAGGAGCGGUCUCAAAGUACUCAAACAAAGUUCGUAUCUCUGCUGAAGAGCAACUAGAACUAGGUACUACAAGUUCUAGCUUCCCCUACUGCCAUCAAACUGCAGAAUAUAUUAGGGAGCUGGAUCUUAAUCGACCUCUAUUACUUGCUGCAAUGAACGGUAAUUGGGAAUCAGCGAGAGAUUUCCUGGAAAAAAAUCCUUGUUCAGUGAAUGCUCGUAUCACAGGAAGCGGAAGGACUGCAUUGCAUGUUGCAGCUGGUUCAGGGCACUCAAAAUUCGUACUAGAACUGGUCAAACUCAUGUCCGUAGAAGCACUUGAAUUGAAAGACAGCUACGAUGGUAAUACAGCACUUCAUCUUGCUGUUAUUGCUGGGCUUGAAGAUGCUGUUAAAGCAAUGGUGCAAAAACAUAAAGAGUUAACACGUAUAUGUAAUGAAAAUAAGUUGAAUCCGCUGCUCAAUGCUGCUAUUUAUGUCAAUAAAGAGCACCAAGAAAUUAUUACAUUCCUCUGUGAUGAGAUGAAAGAUGAACCAAGUAACUUUCAAGGUCAUUUGGGAGCUCAACUUAUAUGCAGUAUAACUCGUGCUGGUUUAUACGAAUUGGCAUUUAAACUAAUCGGUAGACACGCAAGUUUAGCCACUGCACAAGGGAAUGAUGGCAACACUGCACUAUGCGUUCUAGCAGAAAAGGAUAUUUCGAUCCCAACGGCCUAUGAGGAAUCGAUAUUGUCUUUCCUAACAUAUCAUCGCCUAAGCACAAUUACUGAUGAGAUGCCAUCUAUAUUUCUCAGAGUGCUACUCUGGUUCGAUCAUAAAUCUAGGGGGUUUCACCAUGGUAAACGGAAAUCCAAAAAUGUCCUGAAAUUGGCAAAGUUAAUUGUUGAAAAGUUUUCGGACAUGCCCGGAGAAGACGUGUAUCAUUUUUUUAACCGCUCGGAUUUUUUGAAUAGUGCGACAAAAAAUGGAUCAAUUGACAUUGUGAAUAUAUGCAUUUCAAAAUAUCCGGAUCAGCUUUGGAUUCCUCAAGAGCAGAGAAACAUAUUUCAAAUAGCGGUCGAAAACAGACAGGAAAAAAUGUUUGAUUACUUGUAUGAUCACAUGAACGCAGAUGAGAAGAUUUUAACUACUCGCCCAGUGGAUUCAAAUGGUGGUAAUAUGUUACAUGUUGCUGCCAAGAUUGCACCUCCUUCUCGGCUAAAUAUUUAUUCUAGCCCUGUUGCUCAAAUGCAAAGUGAGAUUAUUUGGUUUAAGAAAGUGAAUAAGAGGGUACCACGUGCUUUCAGAAGUAUGAGAAAUAAUGAUCGUGAAACUCCUCAAGAGGUUUUCACUCGGGAACACAAAGAUUUAGUGAAAAAAGCCGAGGCAUACAUGAUACGUACAGCCGAAUCAUGUCUGGUAGUGGCAGCUCUGGUAGCUACGGUUGCAUUUGCGGCAGCAAUUACACUACCUGGUGGAACUUUCAGUGAUGGUACUGAUGCAACUGAGAAAGGAAAGCCUGUACACUUGCAAAAGCAGUCAUUCCUUGCAUUCAUGGUGGCCGAUGCUGUAGCUCUCUUUUCUUCAACUACAGCAAUUCUUCUGUUCUUGUCUAUCUAUAUUGUCAAUCAUAAUGAAGGGAAUUUUAAGGAAGUAUUGCCAAGAACACUGAAGAGAGGUGUUGGAAGUCUCAUCCUAUCGGUAUUGAGUGUGGCUACAACGAAAGAUUCUGUACAGCCUCAAGUUCCACAGUUUAGUGGGAAGAAUUAUGAUCGAUGGAGUAUCCAGAUAAAAGUCUUGUUUGGUUUUCAGGAGCUUACGGAGAUUUUUGAGGCUGGUUUCUUCGAUGUAAAUCCAACAGUUGGUGCAGCUCUUCUUCAAGCCAAAAAGGACGAUUUGAGAGAGAACAGGAAGAAGGACAAGAAAGCCUUGUACUUCAUACUUUAA